ACACACACGCACGCACGCACGCACGCACGAGCAGGAAUGAACUCCGUGUUCAUCUGAUCACGCUCUACUCACGCACUGAGCACGUUUGCAUUGAUUUUUUUGGCUACAGCAUCCUUUAGGUCUCUCCACGUUUUGGUCAUUAGAAAAAAUACAGGCAAAUAUUUAUAUGCAGUUUGUCCCAUUGAUAUUAGACCGUUUACUUGAUGGACACUCUAGAAGGGAAUUUAAAUUUGUUUAAAGCCAAACUGUGCUUGCCAUAGCACAUAGAGUUACAGUUACAGUUAGAGGACACGAAAGAAGUCAACGCUCAUUCAACGUUUAAAAAAGGCAGUCCCUGAAAGGAUGGUCAAGCUGACGCGGAGUCGGUGGUGUUGGAUGUUGACGCUGAUGAUCACAGCAGUGCGGAUGGGAGAAACUCAAGGGAACGACACCAGCGCCCACGGGAACUCCAUCAGAUCACUGGAGCCGCUGAGCGCCGCUACUAACCGCUCCGGCGCUCCAUACAGCGGCACCGCGAAGAAAGGCAACAUCCCCGCCCAGGGAUACCCAUGCAGCAGUGAUCAAGAGUGCAUGGUGGGCAGUUACUGUCAAAGUCCUCAACACGCCCCGUCUCGCUGUCUCACCUGCCGCAGGAGAAAGAAGCGUUGCCACAGAGAUGCCAUGUGCUGCCCCGGCAACCGCUGCAGCAACUAUAUCUGCAUCUCGGAGAGUGUAUUGUCCUCGCACAAGUCACCUUUGGAGGAGCAUAACAAGCUUUCUAUCAAAGACAAAGGCUGGAGGAGGAAUGGGAAAGCUCAAGCCAAGAUCUCUCAUAAAGGUCACGAUGGCGACCCUUGCCUGCGAUCGUCCGACUGCUCGGAGGGCUACUGCUGUGCUCGUCACUUCUGGACGAAGAUCUGCAAGCCGGUGCUGCAACAGGGAGAAGUGUGCACAAAACAACGCAAGAAAGGCUUGCACAGUCUGGAGAUCUUCCAGCGCUGUGACUGUGCCAAAGGACUUGCCUGCAAGGUGUGGAAGGAUGCCACCUCCUACUCCCGGUCCAGACUGCACGUGUGCCAGAGAAUCUGAGAUGACAGGCCCCUAAAACAAGCUGCACCUUGGGGCACAUGAGUCCCGCUGGCAAGAACUCCUCUUUCCAGGACUUACUCAACUGUGAUAUAUGGAGAAAGGGUGAUAUACAGAUGAAUGUGUGCCAGAACUGGGUGGGUUUGGGAUGGGAAUUAACCAAUGGAUGCUCAAAUGCUGGCCUCUUUUAAAAAGAAUAUAUUUGCUGCAUAUGUUUCACGGUAGCGAGGUGUAUUGAUCUAAAAGCCAUAUCUAUCCCUAAUGUCUCACUCUGUCCAUCCAUUCUACAUAGUAUCAUAGUAUCAAAGCAGAACUUUUUAUUCACAAAAGAUUUAAGAGGAUAUGAGUUGCACACACUGAUUGUGCAUUUAUUUGCACAUGUGUUUUUCAGCACCAGUUUACGGAAGUGCAGGAAUUAAUGUAAAUCAGGUCAAUUUGCAUGGUGCAGUUUCACAAAUAUGCCUUUGAAAUAAAACUGUGUUUACCGCCUGCUUUCCAUGGCUGGUAAUAGCGCAACAUUAACUGCACCAGCCAAAUAGCGCUGACUUUUGUGAAUAAAGCACAAUCUGUAAUAAACAUAAUGUCAGAAUGCAUAAUGCUGAAAUACUUUGCGCAAAAGCAGUAUGUGCAACUGCCAAGUUCGCCCCUUAAUCCUCAAUUCUCAUUGUAAAUAUAAGCAUUAAAUUGUAUAAAGUUGAAAUAUGACAUUAGAUAAAUAGUUUUAUUGGAUCCUUGGAGGGAUGGGAUGCACAUUAUCCCAGACAUUGUCAUCAUGUGCGACUGGGGCAAAUCAAAGACUGGCUUUAAAUGUAUGGGUGAAACUCUGUUGUUGGCCAUCAAGAUAAAACUAACCAAAUGCAUAUUUUAAGAUUCAACAGCGGAAAGUGCCAAUCUCUGGAAGAACACGUAAUGUAAUGGGUUUUGCAGGCAGUAUAUAAAGUUACCUUUGUUGUCGCUGUUGCUGGGGAAAAGUUGGUGUACUUUUAUGUUUUGGUCCACGUGGAUGAACGUUGAGGAAUGGCCUUGUCCUAAAUACCACACAUCUGCACUUCUGAAAGUGCACUUUUAGUAUGAUUGUACAAAGAAUGAGAAGGAUCCUAUGUGUACAUGGCACCCAAACAGAAGUUUAGUCAUGUACUAGUAAACAAACUUGCCUGACAAAUAGUUUCAAUUCAGAUUUAUUCAUAACACAAUAGUCAUAGAUAAUAUAAUUUUUUUUCACAAGAUUUAUUUAGUCAGGAAAACUAAAUCGAUUCUGAUUAUUAAAGGGAUAUCAUGCCAUUCCAGAUGUGUAGGACUUUUUUUCUUCUACUGAACACAAAUUAAGAUUUAUAGAAGACUAUAUCAGCUCUGUGGGUCAAUACAAUGCAAGUGAAUGGUGGCCAGAAUUUUGAGGGUCCAAAAAGCACAUAAAGGCAGCAUAAACGUAAUCCAUACAACUCCAACUGUUAAAUCCAUGUCUUCAGAAGUGAUAUGAAAAAUGUGGGUGAGAAACAGAUAAAUAUUUAAGUCCUUUUUAACUAUAAAUCUCCACUUUCACUUUCACAUUUUACAGAAGGUCACUGGUUCAAUCCCCACAGUCACCAACAUUGUGUCCUUGAGCAAGGCACUUAACUCCAGGUUGCUCCGGGGGGAUUGUCCCUGUAAUAAGUGCACUGUAAGUCGCUUUGGAUAAAAGCGUCUGCCAAAUGCAUAAAUGUAAAUGUAAAUGUACUUCUUUUGUUUUUGGUGAUUCGCAUUCUUUGUGCAUAUUGCCACCUGCUGGGCAGGGAGGAGAAUCUAUAGUAAAAAAGUACUUAAAUAUUGAUCUGUUUCUCACCCAUACUUAUUAUAUUGUUUUUGAAUUUAUGGAUUUUAGCACUGGUUUUUAUGGAUUACUUUUAUGCUGCCUUUAUGUGAUUUUUGUACCUUCAAAGUUCUGGUCACCAUUCACAUGCAUUGCAUGGACCUACAGAGCUGAAAUAUUCUUGUAAAAACCUUUGUUUGUGUUCUGCAAAAGAAGGAAAGUCAUACACAUCUGGGAUGAUGUCAUGAGGGUGAGUAAAUGAUGAGAGAAUUUUCAUUUUUGGGUGAACUGUCCCUUUAAGGGAAGUUGUUUACAAUGUGAGCAGUGUUCAGUGAAUGUUCAGAUAUUAUAAUGUGCUUUUAUAACAAUGACUUUACGAAUCAUAUUCAUCAACUAUACUUUUUUAUCUUAAAAUUGCAUUGUUCCAUGAUCCACACCACCUUUUAGCUAAAACACAAAAUAAUAGCAAAGACUGAUAAGCUCUUAUAUUGUAAAUAACAUGCAAAGAUUUCAAAAUGUAUUUAAAAAGCAGUUGUAUAUCAUGUAUAUAUUGAUAAGAAAGGAUCUCAUGAAUAAAGUUCCUUAAAGACAUAAAUCCCUUUUUUUUUACUUUCGACUUACUUUUUUAAAUAUAGUAUGAGAUCCAUUUUGUCAAUCUCUAUAUUUUUACGCUACAGAUAUGAAAAUAUUCAUGCAGAACUAUUAUUAUUAAAUUAUUUUCAAACAGAAAUUAGAGCUCAUUUUGUGUCUUUGUUUUCAUGUCUGUUUUUUGGGUUCCUCCUUACUUUGUUCUUAUGUUGUAACAGCGCUGUUAUAUUUCUCAUAUGUCUCAAUGUGUAUUUACAUUGAUUUACACAGAUUAAAGAAUGUAUUUUGUAUUACAAUGAUUUGAAUGCUCGCUUUGUUUCAGCUCUGAAUAAAACAGCUUCUGAACAAAGA